UCACACAAAAGAUUAUAUCUGCCCGUUUCUAGAAAUGUCAGCUGCAUAAAUCCAGCGUGGCAAGAUGGUGGGCGUUCUGCAGUGGCAACUCUGCUUCUACUUUAUGCUCCUGGCGAAAGUAUGUUCCGGAUUGUCGUGCAACGGUGAAAAUUAUCACAAAUUGAGAAGACAGUGCACGCAGGUUCUGCACGAAAAAGUCAGCCAAGUGCAAGGCGACCUCACCCGAAAUUGCAGGGACUUCGCGAACUUUGAGGUCUGCCUCCGAGACAGCUGGAGGAUUUCCUACUGCGAAAGUUCUACAGCGCCCACUCAAAACAAUGACACGCUUCUACAGGACAUGAAGAGGAAAUACUUCUCCAACUGCCUCAGCGAGACAAGUGCCCUAUCAGCGGAAUGCCGGCCAGACAAGGCACUGAAAAAGCUACUGAGCUGCGGAGGCCAGUUCUACGACAUGGCUGUGCACGCAUCCAACAAGCGCUCAUCGAUAUCACUUUCCUCGCUCUGUCCGGAAGUCGAGAAGUACGGGCUAUGCGCUCACCAAGUCCAGCAGGAGGUGAACUGUUCACUGGGUUAUCAGAUGGUACCUCACAUGAAGUACGUAGCGGACAACAUUGUGAACAGGUACCGUCUUCUCUGUACUGCCCUGAGAAAAUCAGCUUUCCAGAAAGGUAGCUCAGCAUGCGACCGUCAAAAGUUCAUAAACGACAUGUUCCUUUGCGGCUACCACUUUGCUAAUGUUGCCGAAGUUGUCGGAGCAAACGCAGAAGAAGUAUGCACGUAUAUACAGAAGUACAGAGAGUGUCACAACACGUCUCUUGUCACGUACGGCUGCGCUGCUCCCGAUCACUUGUCCAGGGACGCCGAAAAAUUCUUCGUCCUCCUAACGCAAAAAUACAACAACACGUGUGCAUCACAAGGGAGGGCCCGCAGCUCGCCUCUGGCGUCACGCCUUACAUUUAAAGAAGAUCUUGCAUACACAUGUGACGGAAAUCGAUUCAUCCGAUACUUCUUCCAGUGCGCGGCUGGUUUUGUGAAUGCAACAAGCAACUCGCCAAAGGACCUCCAUUACAUCUGCAGGGUAGUGAGCAUCUACAGACACUGUGUCAACGGGGCGCGACAUGCCACUCACUGCAACACGAGGAUGGAGCUCAACAGCCACCUUGCCUACAUGCAGAACUUUAUCUUGGAACAGUACGAGCCCAUGUGCGCCAUGAGACGAGGCAAGACAUCCAGGGAGAGCAGCCCCAAAAAGACGGAACGCUAAACUGCGUUCCGCUUGCAACAGCGUUGCAGAGUCGGAACGAAGCGCGCUCGCGCAAAGAAAAACUUUUUUUUUUUCACCACCAGCUCCUGCCACACUGUCACAAUCAUACUUUGUGAGAUCAGCAGUACC